AUGUAUUUCAAAUCUUACCAAAAAUACAAGUACUACAACAAAAUGGACUGUGUGAAUGUCUGCGAGAAUGAAUCCCAAGAAUAUUUAUAUCAGAAGACUUUAAUUAGGAGAUUUCAGAAUGAAAAUUCCUACUUGAUUGUUGGUUUACAUCGUAAGAACCUAAUUUUGCUUAUGUAUGUUUGCUAUUUACCUUUUUGGAGUAGUUUUACUCCAAUAUGA